AUGGCAAACAAGUUUGGAUUAGGGUCUUUACCUCUAGAAUCUAAAAAUCCCAUGAGUUCUACGGCGUUUGUAAACAAAGCGAAACCUUUUUUCGUGGAUCAAAUCGGAGACACCUUACAAGGGGAUAUCGAUAUGAACAAAUUCAAAAUAACUAAUUUAAAGUUUCCAGGAAACGAUAACGAUGCCGUGAACAAGAAAUAUUUACUGGAUCAAAUAAACGCAAUUCAAAUAGAUAAGGACCAUGUUGAAAAUAGAAUAAAUGACGUGAAAAGAUUCAUCAGACGAAAUAUUAAAAAUCUUGUGGACGAACCCAAACUACAACAAGAGUUAACGAGUUUGAAACGUCUUAUUCAAGUGGAUAAAACAAGUGGAAAAUACACCUCGAUCGAUGUUCAUAAAAGUCAACAAGAAAGAGAGUUUAUAGUACAUUUAUCGUUUGCCGAAGGUUCCGACUCCAUCCUUGAAGGUGGUGGUUUUAUUUCUAGAGCCAAGAUAAACAUCGAAAAAGAAAAAAUAAAAUAUUCCUAUCAUCUUAAAGAGGACCAUACGAAAAAAGAAAUGUCGUUAGUACGCGUAAAUGUUUUUACUUUUAAUACCCGCAAAUAUAAUAAUGCUAGGCCAAACAAGGAGGCUCUAUACGAUAUUCCGUGGUUCCAUUUAUCGGAAAUUCACUUAAUUUAA